CACUUCACAUCAAUGUCCUUAUCUACAUGAUGAGGAGGCUGGAUUAGAUCUCGGGGCUCUCUGACUUGGAUAGUCAUCAGGAUCAGUGUGGUGGUGUUCUCUGGUUGCCUGCCCCAAACUACCCGCUCGGCCUCAAGCCAAGGAGGUAACAACCCUUCCUUCGGUCAGCAACUGGAAUUCUGCUGGAAUUUUAAUGGUGUGGUUUUGCCUUUACUUCCCCGAGGAGGACAUGUGUUACAGGUUGACCAAUCAGAAGACCUCACAAUCCUGGAUUUACGCACGUGACAGAAACAAGGCCAAUCGCUGCUCACAGUUGUUUUUCUCCCUUUCUAUUCCAAGCUCCUGUGCUCUAAGGGGAGGCCAAUUCCCCCAAUAUCAGGAUCUCUACAGCCCAGCCCUGAGGCAUCCAUUCUCUGAAGCAUAGACACCACAAGGACUGAACAAGGUCAAGAGACUCCAGGCACAGUCCCCCCCGGAAAGCAUGUGGACUCUGAUCACCCUGCGGCCCCUCACUCUGCUGCUCCUGCUGCUCCUGCUACUGCAGCCACUGCAGUUGAAAAUCUUGCACAAAUAUGUUCCGUUGUCAGAGGAAGAGAUAGAGCAAUUUGAAGAUUAUUUGGAGGAAAUGCGCAGCACAGGACCUACCCUACCAACCCCUAAGGAUGUUUUCAAAAGGCGCACCAUUAUUGAUCCGGGAAGACCCUUAACUGAUUCCAACUACUGCACUGAUGAAAUAAAGAUGAAAAAUGUCCACAACAGAUUCCGUUGUGUAAAAGAACAUUUCUUCCUCCAGAUAUCAUUUGAGGAACUGCAAGACAUCUGUAACAACCUGUUUGUGUCUUGUAAGAAUGGUGUGAAGAGAUGUCACAGGAGCAGGCAAUCAAUAAAAGGAGUGUACUGUAAUUUAAUCGAAGGAGUGGUAAUGACAGACUGUGUCUAUGAAUCUUCUUACAGGCAGGGACAGGUCCUUAUGACUUGUCGAUGGCAAAAUGAUAUUCAAGAAGUUAUCCCUGCUUACAUAAAUGAUAUUAUGGAGAUAAAUGAUACUAUCAAGGAGAAAUAUGUCCUCCACGGUUACUUCCAGUGACCCUUCUAAAAAAGUAUUCUCUAAGACGUCAAGAGUAGGACACAUCGCUUGCCAUAUGGAUCCUUACAGUUCAAAAUUGAGAACGGUAACGUUGAUCCUAUCAAUUUUAAUCAUCCACCUUCUUCCCUUCUUCUCCUGACACCAUGCAAACAAUGUGGGCUAAGUUCACAGACGGUGCUCUGAGAUGUGGCUUCAAACAGGUCACGUCAUUUAGCACGUUUUGGAUGUGUUUGGAGGGUGAAUGCCUGAAGGGAAAGGGUGGCUGGCUCCAAGAUGGACAGGAAAUGGUUAUCUGGAGUGUGCUCCUAUGUUGUUCAUGUACAUCUCUAGCUCAGUAGAAAUAAUAAAGUGCAUUGACCUAGU